GGACGCUGACCCCACACCCCCAGAGAUUCUGCAGUGUUUCUUAUAUUCAAUAUUUCCCUUGUAUACAGAGGCAUGAAUGGAUUUGGAACACAAAACAAAGACAAGAUGGGCUGUGUUCUGCUGUUACUACUAUUUUCCAUUCCUUCUUUUCACCUCAUUAAUGGAAUAGAUGUAGAAGAAGAUCUUAGCUGGUCAUUAAAAAAAUUACCCCGGAUUGUGAAGGAAAAGACUUUCUCCCUGGACACUCCUAAAUUUGAAGCAGAUGCCAAGUUGGAACUGAGUGGAGUCUGUGGGAUCGAAUGCCAAAGAGCACUCCCAGUGGCACACUUGUCUGACCUGAAUGAACUGCUCUCCUAUGAGACAGUCUCUGAGAAUGGCACAAGGACCCUGACGGAGGUGAAUGUCCUGGGAGUGGAGAUUGACUCAGCAGCAAAUGCCACCACCAAAGCAUUGUUGAGAAGGAAGAGGCAGGUCUAUGGCACGGACAGCAGGUUCAGCAUUUCUGAUACACGGUUUCUGACCAACUACCCUUUCAACACUGCCGUCAAGAUCUCCACAGGCUGCAGUGGCAUCCUGAUUUCUCCAAAGCAUGUACUCACAGCUGCUCACUGUGUGCACGAUGGCAAAGAUUACAUCAAAGGUAGUAAGAAGCUGAGGGUGGGGUUGCUGAGGCUGAAAUCCAAAGGUAGUGGCAAGAGACGCAGAGGUGCUGCUAGGAGGAGCAAGAGGGAGACGUCGGAAAUUGAGGUUCGCCAUGCCGAUGCCACACAGCAUCCACGGGGAUCUGGCAGCAGUAGAGCUGGUAGAAAACAAAAGACGUCAGGGCUGAAUGAGAAGAAAUCUGAGCGUAAACCUUCCUUCCAGUGGACCAGAGUUAAAAGUACUCAGAUCCCCAAAGGCUGGUUGAGAGGUGUAACUGGAGAUGUUGCAGUAGAUUAUGAUUAUGCAGUUCUAGAGCUCAAGCGUCCCCACAAAAAGAAAUACAUGGAUCUGGGCAUUAGCCCAGCUAGUAAAAUGAUGCCAGGAAGCAUGAUCCACUUUUCUGGAUAUGAUACUGACCGAUCUGGCCAGUUGGUCUACCGGUUCUGCAGCAUAGCUGAGGAAUCGAAUGAUCUCUUCUACCAGUAUUGUGAUGCUGAAUCUGGCUCUACAGGAUCAGGAAUCUACCUGCGCCUUAAAGAGCCCAAUGAGAAGAAAUGGAAGCGCAAAAUUAUUGCCGUUUAUUCAGGUCACCAGUGGGUGGAUGUCAAUGGAGAACAGCAGGAUUACAAUGUCGCAGUUAGAAUUACUCCGCUGAAAUAUGCCCAGAUAUGUCUCUGGAUUCAUGGGAACGACGAGAACUGCGCCCAGGGCUGACAACAGCUGACACAAGGUCCUCUAUUUAUCAAAUGGUGCUAUACAGAGAAGACCUGCAAUAAUAAACACUGAACAUUGACUUGGGUCUGACAUUGUCUGAAUUUGAAACCAGCAAAUACCUUGUAAUAAACUGAGAAACUGAAAGCAUUUGUACAGCAUUUACUAGGAUUUUUCAGCUGAGUGCUUUAAACUGACCAUAGACAUGAGGUGCACUUAAAAUCUCCAAUUGUAUUACUGUAUUUAUUGUUUUUACAUUGUGGUAAAUCUGAGUCAUUCCUACUAUACAGCCAAAAACAUAGCUUGCAUUUUUUAAAAAAAAAAUUGGAGAAGCAUUUUCUCUUGUAACCGAUACUCUUAAGAGAUGUGAUUAUUUUGUUUGCAAUUUAUUUACUUGUCUCAGGGGUUCUGCACCAGUAAGCAUUUUCUAUUAUUGCAGAUGACUGUAUAGUCUCUGCAGGACUAUCCAAAUUGUUAAACACUGGGAUAAGGCAAGGAAGAAAAUUCUCCCAUAAUACUUCCUGUAGAGUCUAUACCACGCAGAUAAUAUUCCUUCACUAAGUUAGUGUAGCACAGCUCAUAGAGCCAAACACACCAAUUCCAUUUCCUUGGAUACUAAAAUGGCAAAGUGCAGGGUAAUGAAUGUAGCACAAAAGCAGGAAUACCAUGACUAUAAUUCAAUGCCUGUAAAUCUAAUUUUGGAAGAUAUGCAAAGCUGGAAAGUAGGAAAUGUACAUUUGUUCCAACUAAGUACAAUUAACCUCCUGUUUGUUUUCUUUUACUUUGCAAAUAAUGCUCUCCCCCCCCCCCCCAGAGGCAACAGUGGUAACUAUUAAUUCACUGUUACAAGCUAAUACAGAACUGAACAACCCAAAGAUUUGUAGACCUGUCUUAAUGGUUCUGCCUUCAGGGGCAAAGGAUCAUAGCAGACCAGGAGGCCAUUUGUUAGUGUUACCAUGUGUCCUCCUUUUCCCAGACAUGUCAUCUUUUUCAGAACUAAAUCAUUUUCCCAAGUGGAUUUUUUAAAUAUCCUGGGCUUUUUCAAAUGCAUGCUGCUGCCUUGCCUCCUGCCCGCUGAUGCUGAGAGAAAGAAAGAAAGAAAGAAAGAAAGAAAGAAAGAAAGAAAGAAACUUGGGGUGUGGUGGGGUGAAAGGAGAUAGGCCCAGAAAGGGAAAGUGAGCUAGCAGAGCAAGGUGGCUAAAGGAGAUGAUGGCGUUGAUGGAAAAUGGCAGUUUGGUAGAGUGAGUGAGGGGGCUGUGGGAAGAGGAGCAGGAGUGAAGAUUGUUAUUUUGAAUAGAAUGAAGGUUAAUAAUAUAUCUAGUAGCAAUUAUCACAGCUUGUAUAGUAAGGGUAUUUAAAGUGAGAGUUGUCAUAAAGAUCAAUGGUCUGAAAUAGUCAGUUGGUAAGUUUGUCCUCCUUUUUGCUUCCCAAAAUAUGGUACCCUACCCUAUGUACACUCUUGAUGGCGAGGACAGUUUAACAGAGAGAAGGGCAGCUCUGUUCUCUGAGAUGGAAAUGCAUAGAGCUGGCCCAUCAUAUCAAAGCAAAUGGGGUAACAGAACAAAUCAUUGGGAUAAGAUGACUGUGGUGCUAUGAUUUAACAGUCAAAAACAAUUAUGUUUUAGAUAGAGGUACAGUAGAGAAGACUUUCAACAUAUUGUUGGCUGGCUACUCUGACUCCUUGCUGUUGGCUAUACUAGAAAGGGCUGAUGGGAGUUUCAGUGCAAUGAUACCUGAAGAGCCAAUCACCCUCCCUUGACUUGGUCUUAGAGAAUGAGUAAUCAUGGUGACAAUCCUCAGAUCAUCAAAAAUUACCAAAGCACUUAUGUUUCAGUGUCUACAGAAUAUGUAAGCUGACUGUUGUGUAAAUAUAUGAGAUAUUUUAUGUAGCAAUAAAACUUUUGGGUUCAUUUCAAUUUUUGAACUACAGCUUUUGCUAGAAAGGCAUUUAAUAUGAGCUUGAACAUUUCAAUCACUUUUAAAAAAGUAUAUGAGCUGAGCUUUCUGCUUCAGAUGUAUUUAUCUUUGAGAAAGCCAUUUAUGAUAAGACCAUCAAGAUGCUUUUUGAUACAUAACAUAGAAAAUAUGGAAGAUUCAAGAUGACAUAGUAUUUGGUAAUGAAUACGUGUAUUGAUUUUAAAUAAUAAAUAAAAAAAUAACAUUAAGAUGCACAUUCCUGGGAUUUGAGUUUGUUGUGGCUUGAUUUUAGUAAUCUGUAAUUCAGAUUUUGAUUUGCAUUGUUAACAUUGAUUUGUUAUUAGUGUUGAAGAGGUAUAUGUGCCACUAACUCUGAUUUAUGUCAACCCUAUCAUAGGGUCUUCUUGGCAAGCUUUAUUUGGGGAGGUUUGCCUUUGCCUUCCUUUGAGCUUGAGAGUGUGUGACUUUUUCAAGAUCACCCUGUGGGUUUCCAUGGCUGAGCAGGGAUUCGAACCUUGGUCUCUUGGAGUCCUAGUACAACAGUCAGACCACUACACCAUGCUGACCCUUCACUGCACUUCUAAAUCUAUAAAAUGUAUUGUGUAUGAAUGAGGUAUUCUUAAGAACUCAUUUUUAUAUAUGGUUGUAAAUCAGUGGCAGAUUUAACACUAUCAUUGAUGUUUUAUUUCUGUUAUACUACAAUGUGUGUAUUUGAAAACAUCUCUUAAAAACUAACAUCUAUAACGAAGGUUCACAGAACAUGUAUCAAAACAUUUCCAUGGUAAAUUGUAUUUUUUUUAAAUGUUAAACCGUCAUUGUGAAAGAUGCCAAGUAAGUAUCUUGCUUUGCAAAAAACCAGGACAUCAGUAAGAAAAGUAGAAAAGAAAAUGUAUUAGAAAGUAUAGCAACAGUUGCAGCAAAAGUAUUUAUUUUAUAAUGUCUAAUAAAAUAUUACUUCAACAU